UAAACAGUCCCUGAUUUUCACGUCUAUUUCUCUUCCUCAACACCAACACCAUCACCACCAACACCACCAAUACCACCAACAACACCUUCAAAAUGUCGCACAAGAUGGCCGAGAACGUGAUCCACACGAUCCUCUUCGCGCUGGACCUGGGCCUGGGAGCGAUGCACAUGGCCGAGUUCACCAUGGGCCACGGCAAGCACCCAGAGACGGGCCACAGCAACGUCGCGGCGCUGCGGGUCUACGCCGGCCUCAACACGGACGACCUCAAGGACGCCGGCGGCACGUGGCCCGACGUGCGCCUGUGGAACGAGCGCGGCAUCUUCAGGGGUGCCAGGUGCGCCGAGAGGGACUGGGGCGGCCAACCCCCGGCGGACUUGCAGCUCAGCUCGGGCGACUGGGCCGACAUCAAGGUCGGCAUGUCUGAAGGCGAGGGCCAGCCGACGUACGCCCUCUUGUCGGGCAACAGCGAUGCCCUCUGCAUCGCGUACGUCACCAUGACGAGGCCGGACGGCGGCAAGGGCAGCGUCUUGGCCGGUAACUGGGCCCGAGCCUGCGACACGAGGCAGCAUAACGUGUCGAUACACCAGACGUACCCGGAUAACCCGGCUCAGAUUCCCUGGUACUACUCCAACGUCGUCAUCGAUGACAACCGGGAUCCCCUCAUGUGCGUGUGGCUCGGUCAGGGCGGCGAUGUCUCGACCACCGGUAUGUCGAUGCACUUCCAAGACUUUGCGGCCUCGACGCCGCACAAGGGUGAGGAAGGCAUCCAAUUCUACUGCGAGGGAAACCCUUCCCUCAAAUUCUACACCGAGAACCCCGCCCAGAAAGCGUUUGUCUGGGAGCCGGAGCCAUACACUCCGGUGCCUGACCCAACGCCCGAGUACCUCUUUGACGACGUGGCCUUCAACAACGUGUCUCGGGCCCACUGGGAGGCCACUCAGCGUGGCCAACCCAUCACCUACCAGCCGCCGCCGCCACCACCGCAAGAGCCCGAAGAGUUGGAGGAGGGCGGAGAAGAUGACACGGCACUCUCCUUAUCCGCCAGGCUACGCAGCAUCCGACGCUGGCUGACGGGCCGCCAGGAGCACGGGGGUGGCGACCACGAGGAGCACAGCCACGGGGCCCCGCCCAAGUCGCCGCCGCCGCCGCAGCCCAUCCCGCCCAAGAUGCGCCGGCCGUCCUUCAUGACCAAGCGGGCCGAGAAGUGCGAGUGGAGCGGCUUCAACGGGAACCCCCUCGUGCCCUUCUACGGCCCCGGUCCACCAUUCGGCAUCGCCGGGCCCGCCGGUUGGGGGCCGGAUGCGGGCGCCAUGGACAGGUGGGCCGCAUCUGGACGCCCGAAGCGGCGGUCUACUCUGGCGGCGUCGGACACGCGCAUCGUCUUCUCCAACAGCACCGCGCAGACGGCCACGGCGCUGUGCGUGGGCGGUUCCAGGGGCCCCAAGUUCGUGUCGUGGGCCGAGGGCAAGUACUGCAACCCGAGGACCAACGAGGUGCUCCCGCUCUGCGGCAGUGGCGGUGUCGAGGAGGACUGCUUCGACACGGACCUGUUGGAGCUGAGGGUGCGCAGGAGCCUGGCCAAGCGAGAGCUCCUGACCGAUGGUCACAUGGAGGACGACGACAUGGACCACCACCUGCUGCUGCAGUGGUUCGAGCCGGGCAACGAGGCCACCACGCUGCUGCGCCCCAACAGGGAGAAGAGGGAUUCCAUGGCCGAAGUUAAACGUGCUCGUGUGCUGGCGAAGAGGGACCGUGCGACAAUGGGGAGGUAG